AUGGGCCGACAGAGGGGGCAACAAGUCGGAGUCCCGUCGCUUCAAGUCGUUGAAUCAGACAUCGACAAUGAACCAGUGACGUCGGUCCAACCUCCCCGUCGUCGUUCCAACCGACCUGGUGCUGGUGCUGGAGGAAGGAAUUCUCAGCUAGAGAAGAUAGGAAAUGCUCUUCAGACUCCGGCCAGAGCACCUGGAAAAUCAAAGGUUCAGAACGUCGUUGUCCCGUUUGAUGAACCUGAAAAUGCGAUGGCUCCGGUGGCAAAGAAGAAGAGGGAGGAAAAGCUCCUCGGCAGCUUGAGACUCGGAGAAACUUAA